CCAACUAAUAACUAAUAUACUCUAAUAAGUUCACACACUACAUUUGAUUAUUGAAUGGACUACUAAAAAAAAAAAAUCUUUGCUAUAAAAAUGGCUGCCUUGACACGUGUAUCUCCUUACCAAUGUCAUAAAUUAAGUUUGGUAAAUCAGAGACUUCCAGAAUUGUUUGUUUCAUUUCCAAAGAAAAACAAGAAAUUUUGCAAAUUCUCAGUGUUGGCAAUGGCUGAUUUGAAUACAAGCACUGUUCUUGUUACUGGUGCUGGUGGAAGAACUGGAUCAAUUGUCUAUAAGAAGUUGAAGGAGAGGUCAGAGAACUAUACAGCUAGAGGAUUGGUUAGAACAGAGGAAAGCAAACAAAAAAUUGGUGGUGCAGAUGAUGUUUAUAUUGGCGAUAUCAGGAAUACCGAGAGUCUUAUUCCUGCUAUACAAGGUAUUGAUGCUCUUGUUAUUCUUACAAGUGCUGUUCCAAAAAUGAAACCCGGGUUUGAUCCAACAAAAGGUGGAAGACCUGAAUUCUAUUUUGAGGAUGGGGCAAAUCCUGAACAGGUAGAUUGGAUCGGCCAAAAGAACCAAAUAGAUGCUGCUAAAGCUGCUGGUGUGAAGCAGAUCGUGCUAGUUGGGUCAAUGGGAGGGACAAAUCCUAACCACCCCUUGAACAGUUUGGGGAACGGGAAUAUAUUGAUUUGGAAAAGAAAGGCUGAACAAUACUUGGCUGACUCUGGAAUUCCAUAUACAAUUAUAAGAGCUGGAGGUCUACAAGAUAAAGAAGGUGGAAUACGCGAACUACUUGUUGGAAAGGAUGAUGAACUUCUCGAGACAGAUACUAAAACUGUUGCUAGAGCUGAUGUUGCAGAAGUCUGCAUUCAGGCACUGCAGUAUGAGGAAGCAAAAUUUAAGGCAUUUGAUCUGGCCUCAAAACCUGAGGGAACUGGCACUCCAACUAAGGAUUUCAAGACUCUAUUUGCACAAAUCGCUACUCGUUUCUGAUAGACAUCUCCCUAGGACUAUGUCCAAGAUUUUCAUCACUCUUUUCUGCCAACAUUUGUUCAAAGGGGAGGCUAUAGACUUAAGGUAGAUAGGCAUCUGAGUUUGGUUGUACUAUUGCAGAUCCCUCCCCCCUGCGUAGCAGCUAACCUCAUCGACACCAUGGCAUACUCAUAGAUGACUUGCCAAUAGUUCAAUGAUGCAAUAGAGGGUUAUGUUAUGUGCCUCUCUUGAUUUUUCUGAUGUUUGGAAGGCAAAUAACUCAAUAAGCAUUGUUGCACUUGUGCAAAAAGCAAAUUACUAUCUUAUUAUUACUUGCUUGCAUUUGCAUGCUUCGCCAA